UUGAUGUGCUGGGGCUGCGGAGCGUUGUGCGAGAAGGAGCUGCGGGGAGCGGAGGAGAAUUACACAGGAUCACGUUUCUCCUCUGUGAGCCGAAGAGAUUAACAAAAUGUUUGGGACCGUGGUGGUUGGAGUUGGAAUUGCUGGCUUAGCACGGAUCCGAGACUUGAUGAAUCCGAUGCCUUCCAGCCCUUCUGAGCACCUGAAACUCUUCGGAUUUGUAUCCAGGAGAAGUUUUGGCAAUAUUAAUGAGGCCAAGCAGAUUAGCCUGGAAGAUGCUCUAAGCAGCAAAGAGAUCCAUGCAGCCUUCAUCAGCACAGAGAACAGAAGUCAUGAAGAAACCAUCAGAAUGUUUUUAGAAGCAGGGAAGCAUGUCCUCGUUGAGUACCCCAUGGCUUUGUCUGCGAAGGCGGCCCAUGAGCUCUGGGAGAUGGCUGAGCAGAAAGGUAAAGUCCUCCAUGUGGAGCACAUUGAACUUCUGACUGAAGAGUACAAGCAACUGAAAAAAGAGGUGGCUGGGAAAGACCUGGUGAAGGGAACAUUGCAUUUCACAGGUAGUGUCCUCGAUGAAAACAAAACAGGAUUCCCAGCUUUCAGUGGAAUUGCGCGACUGACUUGGCUGAUUGACCUCUUUGGAGACCUCACUGUUACCUCUGCCACCAGAGAGAAGCAGAAGGAUAAGAAUUAUUCCAGAAUGACUGUUCACUUUCAGACAGCAAACAAGAAACCUCUGACUUGGAUUGAAGAAAGGGGACCAGGAAUGAGACGUGAAAAGAAAAUCAACUUCUGUUUCACAAGUGGUUGCCUGGAGAACUUCCCUCAAGCUCCGAGGUCUGCUGUGGGCCUUUUCAUGCAGGAUCAGAACCUCUUUGCCAAAAAACUACUGGGCCAGGUAUCCAGGGAGGAGCUGGCUGCUGAGAAAUGGCGAAUUUUGCGGUGUCUUGACCUUGCCGAGGUGAUCCAACAGCACUGUGAACAGCCAGAGAAAAUCUGUUCCUGAGACUGUUCUUGGGGAAGGAGGAACAUGGCAGACGGGAAAGCUGUAGGGCUAGAGCUCACUGUUGCCAUCCAGCAGUUGCUAUUUCUGUUUUAUUACCUUCUUUUUAACUCGCUGUGACUCCUAGGCUCUCCAGGUGGGCUGGAGAGCCUGGGCUAUACCCCCUUGCCUUCUGGCGUGUGCCAGCACAAAGCAACGUUACUCUGCUCCAAUGCAUUGCUGUCCUUCCAGGCAGAUAGGAACCUAGGAGCAACGAGCUGUCCUGUGGUUGCUUCCACUCAGCUCAGUUGGAAAUGUCCCCGAGAACAGGUCCUGGAGGACUGCAAAUACUGGACAUCAUUUUCCCUCUUG